AUGGCCGCUCAACGUCGCGUGGAACGUCGGCAAGCCAUUGUGAGGGUCAAGACUGGCUGCUUGACUUGCCGGCGGCGUAAGAAGAAGUGCGACGAGUCGAGACCAGAAUGUCGUGGCUGCGUGCGCAAUCACCUGACCUGCCAAUGGCCACAGACAGUUCUCUGGGAUGCAACCCCUCCGUAUCACUCCAGCCAUGAAUGCGGCCCAAAUGCAUCGCCAAUAGGACCGGCGGGUCGUUUCACGCCCCAGUUUCACGACUGGCAGCCAGACCCGAGGUCCACCCCUACAAGCUCGGACGAUGCAUUCAUCACGGCCGAGGAUGGAGGCGCGGCCCUCAGUGGACCCUCAGCUGGUUCUCAGGUUUUGACAAUUCAGCCAGAGGAGUUCGGCUACCACUAUGAUGAGGUCAGUACUUACUCUGAACCUGAAAAUCGACGGACCUCAGUAGCGCGACAGCCCGACACCAUAGAACACCCGCUGUCGAUGUUUCCCAAUAGUGGGCCGCACUCGCAGGACCUCCUUCAGCACUAUCUGGCACGUACCGCUAUCAGCAUGGGCAACGGAUCUACCGAAGUCAACCCGUUCAUUGUGCAGCUAAUCCCGCUUGCGUUUUCAAAAGACCUCAUACUUCAACUCCUGCUGACUCAGAGCGCUGUCCAUCGCGCACGUUUGGGCAGCAAUAGUGAGCUGACCGUAGCCAACAGCUACUACGCCAAGUCGCUACGACUGUUCCAGACGAGCUUGGACAACCACAUCCAACACAAUGGCGACCAUGCGCUAGAGCUGGCGACCGGGGCGCUAAUCAUGUGCUUCGUCGAGACUGCAAGAGGUGACAUUGACGGAGUGGUCUUUGACCAUCUCGGCGCCGCAAGCUCUCUACUGCUCAAGUUCAUCGAUGGUCCAGAUUCGCGCGUCCCAGAAGGGAUGCGCAAGUUUUUGGUCGAGUAUUACGCCUAUACUGCCACACUCGCCAUGAUAUCGGUAAACCCAACGCACAACACGCAACGAAUCCUAGUCCCUUCCCUGAUGGCUGCGGCGCACCAACUGUUGGCCGAGGAUUAUAUCGGUCACCUUUGUGGUUGUUGGUUACAACUUCUUCUUCUCAUCCCUCGGGUUUUCGACCUGGGUAUCAGAGCAUACGCGCCUCCGGUGGCCACAGAGCCGGCUUUUCCUUCGUCCGAUGAUUUUGUGACUUUCAGUGCACUUCAAGCAAACAUAUUGUCAUUCUCCCCGGCCCCAGACAGCCGCCCCGACGUCAAAGUGGCAGGCCUGAUCUACCAGAAGGCUGUGCUUCUCUAUCUCUACACCGUGUUGGACGCUCUACCGCGAGAGUGCUCCGGUCCGGGACCAUGCGAGAACCUUAUUCGGGUCACUUUGAGAGAAGCAAUGGAGCUCCUGGCCAAACUUUCGCCGAUAGCACGCAUUAAUACUAGUCUAUGCUGGCCGAUCGCAGUGAUUGGUGCAGUCAUUUCAGAUGCCGUAGAGCAGACCAUUCUGCGCGAUAGGCUGCAGACUAUGUUCGCAAACAUCGGCCUCGGGAAUAUCGAAGCCACCACUAGAUUGCUCGACCAAAUGUGGCUUCAGCCCAAAGAAGCACGAAAUCCAUGGACCAUAUGCAAAACGAUGCAGGAACAUCAGCUCUGGAUAUCAUUCGCAUGA